UGCAGCCAAGGCAUUGUUUAUGGAGGGAUUCCUGGGAGGCUGUGGAUGGGGAAUUGGACCAUCAUCUCUGAGAUCCAGAGGCUCAUCUUAGGGACCCAUUUCUGCAAAGUGGCCAGGGAGCCAGCAGUCUUGAGUAGCUUGCUUCCUGCUGCUCUGAGUUGGGGGGUGGGACCUGAGGCUGACCUAACCCUUCACCUUUCCUGUGGUGCUGCUGCCAAGCUGUGGCCACUGCUGGGGAGGUAGUGGGCAGUACUCAGGCCAGGUUUGCACAUACGGGCUGGCGGGAGGAAGUGACGAUGUGGUGCUCUGGCUGUGCUGAUAGAUAAGGGUGCCUGCUCCUCCCCUUGCCCCCCCAGGACAGACAUGGAGCCACUCUGGAUGCCCCUGCUGCUGGUAGCUUCUUGCAUCCCUGCUGUGCUGAGCUCUCCAGAGGUGGAUGCCACGGAGGUACCCCGGCUCCUGCAUAUCCGGGAGGAGAGCAACCUGCUGGUGCUGACCUCUGCCGGCCUGACCCAGAUGUUGAACCAGACCCGCUUCCUCAUGGUCCUUUUUCACAACCCAUCCUCAAAGCGAUCCAGGAAUUUGGCCCAGGAGUUGGGCAGAGCCAUGGAGAUCAUGGGCAAAGGCAAGAAUGGGCUCGGCUUUGGCAAAGUGGACAUCACCGUCGAGAAGGAGCUUCAGGAGGAAUUUGAUAUUAAGAAGGCCCCAGAGGUGAAGCUGUUUUUUGAAGGCAACAGGUCUGAGCCCAUCAGCUGUGAAGGUGUGGUUGAAUCUACUGCCUUGGUGGUUUGGUUGAGAAGACAAAUUAGCAAGAAAGCAUUUUUGUUCAACAACAGCGAGCAGGUGGUAGAGUUCGUGAGAUCCAGGCCUUUGGUCAUCAUUGGCUUCUUCCAGGAUUUAGAGGAAGAAGUAGCAGAAUUGUUCUAUGAUGUGAUCAAAGACUUCCCAGAGCUAACUUUUGGAGUGAUAUCGAUUGCCAAUACCAUUGGGCGUUUCCACGUCACCCUCGACAGUGUCCUGGUGUUCAAAAAGGGAAAAGUUGUGAACCGCCAGGAGCUUAUUGAAGACAGUACCAAUGAGCGUGUCCUCAAUCGAGUCAUUAAACAGCACCUAACAGAUUUUGUUAUUGAAUAUAGCGCUGCGAAUAGGGAUCUGAUUUAUGAGUUGAACAUCCUGAAUCACAUGAUGCUCUUCGUCUCCAAAAGCUCAGAGUCAUUUGACACCAUAAUUCAGCAGUAUAGGUUGACAUCAAAGGAAUUCCAAAACAAGAUCCUUUUCAUCCUUGUGAACACCGAUGAACCCCGAAAUGGACGAGCCCUCCAGUACUUCCGGAUCACCGAGGUCGAUAUCCCAUCUGUCCAAAUCCUAAACUUAACCUCUGAUGUGAGGUACAAAAUGCCUGCAGAAGAGAUAACCUACAAAAACCUCAAGAAAUUCGGCACCAGCUUCUUGAAUAGAAGUGCCAAGAAACAUCAAUCCAGUGAAGAGAUUCCAAACUACUGGGACCAGGGACCAGUUAAGCAGCUGGUGGGAAAGAACUUCAACAUAGUUGUCUUUGACAAGGAAAGAGACGUGUUUGUGAUGUUCUAUGCGCCCUGGUCUGAAAAGUGCAGGACACUCUUUCCACUGUGGGAAGAGCUGGGCAGAAAGUAUCAAAACCACUCCACAGUAACCAUCGCCAAGAUUGACAUCACGGCAAACGACAUUCAGCUGAUGUACCUGGACCGGUACCCAUUCUUCAGGCUCUUCCCCGUUGACUCUGAACAAGGUGUGGUAUACAAGGGAGAAUAUACUGUGAAGAGCUUUUCUGAUUUCCUGGAAAGUCAAAUCAAUACCAGGAUUGAGGAGGAGGACCAGCUAUUAUUUGUUGAGCAAAGCAAGCUGGUAGAAGAGAAGGUAUUGCCUGAAGAAGAGGAAGAAACUUUUGAGGAGGAAGAGUUACCUGAGCAGAAGUUGCCUGUGCUGAAGAACACGACCAGGCUGGAAGAGACAGCUGGGCAGAAGGGACUAGUGGAGGAGAAGAAGGAGGUGGCUAAGCCAAUGGGACCUCCAAGACAAGAGAAGAAGCCAAGGUUCAAAGAAGAACUUUAGCUUUUCCAAAGCCAGGAGGAAAAGUGCCCAUCUUCCAGGUCCUGGCAUCAUUUUCUGAGUGAAACUCCUCCAGAUAAAAUUAGGUAUCAUUGUGGUGGGUGGGUAGGGGCUGGAAAAUAAAAUCCCUGAACGCAUUUCCCUCUGUUUUACUCAUUACUUCUUUUUCCUGGUUGAUGCUGCCUUAGAAGGGCUGUAUGGCCUGGAAUUCGAUAGGGCUGCAAGGGAAGCCAUAAUAGCAACAUUUAAUAAGGGAAAUUUUUUUUUUACAAUAUGCUAGACAUUCAUUUAGUUCUCAUAACACCACAGGGAGGUAGGUUU